AUGCUUAUUUUGUUGACUGAACAGUUGUUUUUCAGAUGCUCAACAACAAAAAAUGGUUGUACGCUGUCCGGUGUUUUCAAUGCGGUACUUAUAAUUGGGGAAGUUCUUCUUGGUCAAAAUGAUUUGAUAGUUCGUUUUGUUAAAAAUGGUACUUCCGUAAGACCGAAUAUUGGAAUGGAACCAUUGAGGCCAAAUAAAUGUUUCGCAACUACUAAAAGCUUUUAUCUGUACAACAUUACUGGAUGUCUUCCAUGUGACCACUUUCAUAUAGCAGUCAUCAUAGAUGAAAAUCUGGCGAAAGGAAGAAAUUUUGAGGAGUUUGAUAUGGCUAUAAAAUUGUGGACAGACCAAGUGGAUGUAGAAAAUGCAGUUUAUACAAAGAAAAAAGUAAUUUCCCCAAAAACUUUCACGGUGACUAGGGGUCAGAAACAAGCUAUGACCAGUUGUACGACUUAUCAAGAUAAUUGCAAAGUGAUAAAUAUUACUGAUGGAAAAGUGAUAAUUUCAAACUUUUCUGAAGCGGUUAAUGCUACUGUAUCAUUUAUCAAAUCUGGUCAAUCGGUUAAUCCUACUUUAACUUUUGGACAACUCACUGAUAAGGAAUGUUAUGCAUCUAAGAAAUUCCACCAGAAGUACCAGAUAUCCACCUGCAUUUGUUGUAUCGACAGUGUUGCAAAAUGCAUAUAUACUGGUACUACGACUAUUCCGUCCGCUUCUGCUCCUGUUACCAUAACCACUUCUUCUAUUCCUCCCAUAAGUUCAGCUACUAUUGCGAGGACGACGAAUCAAAUAGUUACAGGUUAUGUUAUUACUGCUAUCAUUUUAGAGUCUACAACAGUUGUGCUUUCUUCUACAACAUCUGCCUCUCCUACUGCUGUCAAGGCAACAACUACGUUUGUCUCAACAACUACACCUAAAAUAUUUACUGAAUUUUCUGGGAAAUUACCGUUUUGCAGAACAGAAAGUCUCCCAUGUAAAGACUUUCACGCUGUUGUUACCGCAUUCUCUGCAGAAGAUGGAGAAGAAGAGAGGAUCGAGGAGGGAGAAAUUGAAGAAUUUCAUGCAUUUGUAGAGUUGGAGGCAGACGAAGUGGAAGUGGAUCACGCAUUUUAUAAGAAGGGGGAAAUGUAUUUUACAAGAAAUUUUACGAUAAGCAACGGGCCGGGGCAAGCUGCAACUAGUUGUACAACCAAAGAUGAUGACUGCAAACUGAUGAAUGUUGCUGAUGGGAAAGUGGUAAUUGCAAGCUUUUUUGAUUUAGUCAACACCACUUUAUCCUUUAUCAAAUCUGGCGAAUCAGUUCUUCCGACGGUUACCUUUGGACAACUUACUGAAACAAAAUGUUAUGCAGUUAAGAAAAACUACCAAGAUUAUGUGGUUAACACCUGCAUGUGCUGCGGAAGCUCUAUUGAAAAUUGUAUAUUUACUGACAAUACAACUAUUGGACCAACUAAUACUGCUAGUGGUUCUACUGCCAACAUAAUAAGUACUGAUUAUGACAGUUUUGAUUCAACUUUUUUAGUAUCUACAGGCACGAAUGUAACGCGUACUCCACAUUCAAUGACAACUACACGCUCUGCAGGUAUUUUGUCAUUAGAUACUGCAGAUGUCACGCCGGAAAAUUACGACAACAGCAGUUCGAUAUACGAUCUUUCUAAACAAAAUAUAACUAAAGAUAACGUAGUGGAUGUUAUUCAUGCUGCUGAUCGACUAUUAAACAUAUCAGGAGCAACGUCAAAAGAUCUUUACUACUUAUCGGUGAUUAUUGACAAGGCAACAAGUCUAAAAAAUUUGGGAAUUCAGGAGUUUCAAUUGGUUUCAGGGCUACUGGAUAAGAUUCUUGGCGUAGACUUAGACAAAUUUUUAGAAAUUAAUGGAGGAGAGCAAAAUACUUCAGACAGAUUCCUGACCGGCAUAAAACAGUUGUUUAGUAAUGGCCCCCAGAAAGCACAGUACCUUAACGGAAACAAUCUAGGGAUGGUGAGUAGUGAAGUUAACUGUACUGACGACCAAAGUCAAAUAAUAUUUGGCUUGAGCGAUGAGACCAUGAGCUUCAGAACGUUGACCAAAUUAUCAGUGGAGGCGUCGUCCGCUAAAGCUGCCAUUAUAAUUCCCCAUCAUACAGUAUGUAAAUCUAAAGCUGAAAGUGUAAAAUUUGCCAUCUUCCGAAACAAGAAGUUUCAUACAGUCAAGAUACCAGAAACCGAACCAAAAAGCGCGAAAUCAAAUAAUGUAGAAAAUCGCUGUUCAAGAGGCCAGUUUGCCAAUACCAAUAGAGUUCUUUCAGCUAUUCUGUUCAGGGAAGCAAAAGCAAUAUCACAACUCCCUGACAAUUCUACCAUGGCUAUUCUACGUUUUAGCAAACGACAUCAUCAAAUGCCACUUCAUGGAGGACUUGGUGUCUCACAUUUUAUUGAGGGCUAUGGCUGGUCUACUAACCUUUGUUCAGUUCAUGAUGACAAGAAUUAUUUCACAUCGUAUUGCCAUCACCUUACUGAUUUCACUCUAGUGAUAGUAUGA